UAUCGAGGGUUUAAUGUUAACAGUUAAAGGAGGUUGGUAAGGAGUUUAUUUUUCAACAGUCUGUCAAAGAAUGCUUUGCGGGGUCGGGGGCGUUGAAACAGGGUCUGGCUUUGUAGUUCAGGCUGCCCUUUAACCCAUGGUGAUAUACCUCCUUCAGCCUCCCGAGUCUAGGAUUAACAGGAGUAUCCCACAACGCCCAACAAGAACGUUUUUAAAGGAAACUGUACUGCAGAUUUACAUUCCUCAGAGAAAAUAAACCCCCCAUCGGAAAUUAAUCCAAAUAAAUCAGACCUUUCCAAAUUAUGUUGAAAAUAGAUUCGCAAUUCCAGGAGGCAGUAGCAGCCAGGACAAAAAUCAGUAAGUAACCUUCUGGCAGCCCCGUACAGUUUUCGUGCUACUUCCCAAUUCGCAGGUAUGGCGGACAUAAACUCUCUCGGAUUUCUAAAAUACCAGCAAGCCCCGGGGAGCCAGCGGGGGCGAGUUAGGAUAAACCCCGCCCCGGGACGCAGCCUCAGAACCUGCCGCUCUAGGCUCCACGGACGCUCUCUAUGGUCGGGCGGGCUGUGUGUUGUCAUCGGCGGAGCGACGGCCCGAGGCGGCGGCGCAGGCCCGGCGGGGCGUUUGGUUUCAUUUUGGCCCUGAGUGGAACUGGUGUUGACGGUCGAGAUGGGAGUCCCCAAGUUUUACCGGUGGAUCUCGGAGCGGUAUCCUUGCCUCAGCGAAGUAGUGAAAGAGCAUCAGAUUCCUGAAUUUGACAACUUGUACCUGGAUAUGAAUGGAAUUAUACAUCAGUGCUCUCAUCCUAAUGAUGAUGAUGUCCACUUUAGAAUUUCAGAUGACAAAAUCUUUACUGACAUUUUUCACUACUUGGAGGUGUUGUUUCGCAUUAUUAAACCUAGGAAAGUGUUCUUUAUGGCUGUUGAUGGUGUAGCUCCUCGAGCAAAAAUGAAUCAACAGCGUGGGAGGCGUUUUAGGUCAGCCAAGGAGGCAGAAGACAAAAUUAAAAAGGCAAUUGAAAAGGGGGAAACUCUUCCUACAGAGGCCAGGUUUGAUUCCAACUGUAUUACACCAGGGACUGAAUUCAUGGCCAGGUUACAUGAACAUCUGAAGUAUUUUGUAAAUGUGAAAAUUUCCACAGACAAGUCAUGGCAAGGAGUUACCAUCUACUUCUCAGGCCAUGAGACUCCCGGAGAAGGAGAACAUAAAAUCAUGGAAUUUAUCAGAUCUGAAAAAGCAAAGCCAGAUCAUGACCCAAACACCAGACACUGUCUUUAUGGUCUAGAUGCUGACUUGAUCAUGCUUGGAUUAACAAGUCACGAGGCACAUUUUUCUCUUUUAAGAGAAGAAGUUCGAUUUGGUGGCAAAAAAACACAGAGGGUGUGUGCACCAGAAGAAACCACAUUUCACCUCCUACAUUUGUCAUUAAUGAGAGAGUAUAUUGACUACGAGUUUUCAGUAUUAAAAGAAAAUAUUACAUUUAAAUAUGAUAUUGAAAGAAUUAUAGAUGAUUGGAUUUUGAUGGGAUUUCUUGUUGGCAAUGAUUUUAUCCCUCAUCUACCUCAUUUACAUAUUAAUCAUGAUGCGCUGCCUCUUCUUUAUGGAACAUAUAUUACCAUCCUGCCCGAACUUGGAGGUUAUAUUAAUGAAAGUGGACAUCUCAAUUUACCUCGAUUUGAAAAAUACCUUGUGAAACUAUCUGAUUUUGAUCGGGAGCACUUCAGUGAAGUUUUUGUGGACCUAAAGUGGUUUGAAAGCAAAGUUGGUAACAAGUAUCUCAAUGAAGCAGCAGGUAUCGCAGCUGAAGAAGCCAAGAACUACAAGGAAAAGAAAAAAUCAAAGGGCCAGGAAAAUUCUGUAUGUUGGGCUGCUUUAGACAAAAGUGAAGGUGAAAUGGUAGUUUCUAAGGAUAAUUUAGAAGAUGAGACUGAAGAUGAUGAUCUAUUUGAAACCGAGUUUAGACAAUACAAAAGAACAUAUUACAUGACGAAGAUGGGGGUUGAUGUGGUAUCUGAUGACUUUCUGGCUGAUCAAGCUGUAUGUUAUGUUCAAGCGAUACAGUGGAUUUUGCACUAUUACUAUCAUGGUGUUCAGUCCUGGAGUUGGUAUUAUCCCUAUCAUUAUGCACCUUUCCUAUCUGAUAUCCGAAAUAUCAGUACACUCAAAAUCCAUUUUGAACUAGGAAAACCUUUUAAGCCAUUUGAGCAGCUUCUUGCUGUACUUCCAGCAGCUAGCAAAAAUUUGCUUCCUGUAUGCUACCAGCAUUUGAUGACCAGUGAAGACUCACCGAUUAUAGAGUAUUAUCCACCUGAUUUUAAAACUGAUCUAAAUGGAAAACAACAGGAAUGGGAAGCUGUUGUAUUAAUACCUUUUAUUGAUGAGAAGCGAUUGUUGGAAGCCAUGGAGACAUGUAACCACUCCCUCAAAGAGGAAGAGAGGAAGAGAAACCGACAUAGUGAGUGCCUGAUGUGCUGGUAUGAUAAAGACACAGAGUUUAUCUACCCUUCUCCAUGGCCAGAAAAAUUCCCUGCCAUAGAACGAUGCUAUACACGGUACAAAAUAAUAUCACUAGAUGCUUGGCAUGUAGAUAUAAGUAAGAACAAAAUAACCAGAGUUGACCAGAAGGCAUUGUAUUUCUGUGGAUUCCCUACUUUGAAACACAUCAAACAUAAAUUUUUUUUGAAGAAAAGUGGUGUUCAAGUAUUCCAGCAAAGCAGUCGUGGAGAAAACAUGAUGUUGGAAAUCUUAGUGAAUGCAGAAUCUGAUGAACUUAGUAUAGAAAAUGUAGCUUCAUCAGUGCUUGGAAAGUCUGUCUUUGUUAAUUGGCCUCACCUUGAAGAAGCUAGAGUUGUUGCUGUAUCAGAUGGUGAAACUAAAUUUUACUUGGAAGAACCUCCAGGAACACAGAAGCUUUAUUUGGGAAGAACUGCUCCACCAUCUAAAGUGAUACAUCUUGGCGAUAAAGAGCAAUCUAAUUGGACAAAAGAGGUACAAGGAAUAUCAGAACACUACUUGAGAAGAAAAGGAAUAAUAAUAAAUGAAACAUCUAUGGUUGUAUAUGCUCAGUUACUCACAGGUCGUAAAUAUCAGAUAAAUCAUAAUGGUGAAGUUCGUCUGGAAAAGCAGUGGUCAAAACAAAUUCUUCCUUUUGUCUAUCAAACCAUUGUCAAAGACAUCCAAGCUUUCGACUCUCGUUUCUCCAGUAUCAAAACAUUGGAUGAUUUGUUUCCUCCUGGAAGUGUGGUGUUUAUGCUGGGGACUCCUUAUUAUGGCUGCACAGGAGAAGUUCAAGUUUCAGGUGAUGUGAUCACAGAAGGCAGAAUUCGUGUGGUUUUCAGCAUUCCAUGUGAACCCAAUCUUGAUGCUUUAAUACAGAACCAGCAUAAAUAUUCUAUAAAGUACAACCCAGGAUAUGUAUUGGCCAGUCGCCUUGGAGUGAGUGGAUACCUUGUUUCAAGGUUUACAGGAAGUAUUUUUAUUGGAAGAGGAUCUAGGAGAAACCCUCAUGGAGACCAUAAAGCAAAUGUGGGUUUAAAUCUCAAAUUCAACAAAAAAAAUGAGGAGGUACCUGGAUAUACUAAGAAAGUUGGAAGUGAAUGGAUGUACUCAUCUGCAGCAGAACAACUUCUUGCAGAAUAUUUAGAGAGAGCUCCAGAACUGUUUAGUUAUAUAGCCAAAAAUAGCCAAGAGGAUGUGUUCUAUGAAGAUGACAUUUGGCCUGGAGAAAAUGAGAAUGGUGCUGAGAAAGUUCAAGAAAUUAUUACUUGGCUAAAAGGACAUCCUGUCAGUACUUUGUCUCGUUCAUCUUGUGAUUUACAAAUUCUGGAUGCAGCUAUUGUUGAGAAAAUUGAGGAAGAAGUUGAUAAAUGCAAGCAAAGAAAAAAUAACAAGAAAGUACGGGUGACAGUAAAGCCCCACUUGCUGUACAGACCUUUAGAACAACAACAUGGAGUCAUUCCUGAUCGAGAUGCAGAAUUUCGUCUCUUUGACCGUGUAGUGAACGUGAGAGAGAAUUUUUCAGUUCCAGUUGGCCUUCGGGGCACCAUCAUAGGAAUUAAAGGGGCUAAUAGAGAAGCUGAUGUACUAUUUGAAGUAUUGUUUGAUGAAGAAUUUCCUGGAGGAUUAACAAUAAGGUGCUCACCUGGAAAAGGUUAUCGAUUGCCAACAAGUGCCUUAGUGAACCUUUCUCAUGGAAGUCGCUCGGAAACUGGAAAUCAGAAGUUGACAGCCAUUGUGAAACCACAGCCAGCUGUAAAUCAAUAUAGCUCAAAUUCAUCAGUUUCUCCUGGCCAUCUCGGAGGCCUCAACCAUUCCUCUCAAUCACUUUUUGUUCCUACUCAAGUAUCUACUAAAGCUGAUGAUGAAUUUUGCAACAUUUGGCAAUCCUUACAAGGGUCCAGAAAAAUUCAGCACUUUCAGCCAUCUAUACAAGAGAAGGGUCCAGUUCUACCUCAAGAAAUAAGUCAAGUAAUUCAACAGCAUAAAUCUGGCUUUUAUGACAACAGUGUUAAGUAUCAGCAAAGAAAACAUGAACCUCACCGAAAAUUUAAAGAAGAGUGUAAGAGUCCUAAAGCUGAGUGUCGGUCACAAAAAAUGUCCAGUAAGCAGGCUUUUGGAGGGUCUGCCAAAUGUAAUAUUAAGUUACUGAAGAGAAAUGAACGUCCUGAAGUCUCAGAAAUCCAAAAGGCUGUGACUGGUUACCCAAAUGCUACUGAUAAGCCUAACUCUGGAAUUGAGAACUUUUUAGCAUCCUUGAAUAUCUCUAAAGAAAAUGAAUUACCAUCAUCUCAUCAUGGAGAGCCUCCAAAUGAAGAGCAUUUGUCUCCACAGUCAUUUGCUAUGAAGGGAACACGAAUGCUUAAAGAAAUUCUAAAAAUUGAUGGUUCUGACACAGUGGACCCUAAGAAUGAAAUGAAACGAUAUGGAAAUGAAGUUACUGUUUCUUCUAAUAGAAGAGAUGAAUAUGGACUAUCCUCACAGCCUAAACAAAAUAAGAAAUUAGCGCCUUAUAUGAACAAGCUUCACCGUGCCAAUGAAUACCACAGUAUUCCGUCUGUGGACAGUACGUGCUGGCCUAUUCCCAGCCAGGUCUCUUCUGUGUCCACACCAGUAACUGAACUUGCUCGAAUUUGUUCCCUUGUUGGGAUGCCACAACCAGAUUUCUCCUUUCUGAGAACACCUCAGACAAUGACAGUUUGCCAGGUAAAAUUAUCAAAUGGUUUACUGGUGCAUGGGCCACAGUGCCGCUCUGAAAAUGAAGCCAAGGAGAAAGCUGCACUUUUUGCUUUACAACAACUGGGCUCCUUAGGAGUGAAUUUUCCUUUGCCUCCACCACUAUUUCCAAAUUAUCCUCCUGCUAUACCACCUGGAACCAUUCCUCCAGUUUUUCCCCAACCUCCUGCUAAUAUAAUGCCUUCAUCACCUCGUCUCUUUGGCUCAGUUCCGUGGGGUCCACCAUUGCCAGUUCCUGGAAAGCCCUUCCAUCAGACUCUGUACCCUGGGGCUGUGCCCACAGCUGGAGGAAUAAUGCCAGGUGGUGCGCACAAUCAGUUCAUACCUUUGCAGGUCAUGAAAAAAAGAGUUGCAAACAAAAAGAACUUUGAGAAUAAAGAAACCCAGAGCUCUUCUCAAGCCACCCCAACACAGACUAGCAAGCCAGGGUCUUCUGAUAUUGCCAAAGUGACUGCACAGGAAAGUUCAUCAGCCCCUUUGAACUCCUCUCAGGUUGCUCAGGCUGCAUCUUCUUUUCAAGGUGAAACUGCCUCCCACGGCAGCCAUAAUGCACCUCACCAGAAGGCAGCACCAAGCUCUUCUUCAAGAAGAAGAUCAAGGAAACUGGCUGUCAAUUUUGGCGUUUCUAAACCUUCUGAAUAAAUUUGGAACUUGGGAAUUAAUUUCUUUUCUUCCCAUCUGCCUUUUUAUAAAUCCAUAUCUAUGUCUCUUAGAAAGUUAUCACACUUUUUUAAAAGUAGGAAACCACAGUCUUUAUAUGGAGCUGCUUAUGUACUAUUUUUAAAUAAUAUGUUUAAAUUGAAUAUUUGUAAUUUUUAAGUUGUAAGGCACUUUUCAUGCUAUUUAAGACUGUAUCAAAUUGUGCACUUUAAAUAUGUGCAGUUUGUUGUAUGUCAAUUAUACCUCAAUAAAGCUGUAAAAAAGGAAAAGAAAAAUGACUAAACCAAACCUUGUGUUAAAAUGAGUGUCAGUGGGCUGAGCAUUAAAAUGUGCCACUCUAACCAUUGGCCUCCUCAUUAGAAGCAUCCUUGAAAUAUGAAUUAGACAUCAUGUUAGCAAUAAUUAUAAACAUAUUUAUGCUGUCAUUGAGGGAUAAUUGGAGCAUGAAAAUUGGGCCUCAAAUAUAAUUUACUGGAUGUGGAUUUAUUUUUCUUAAAAAUUAUCAAAUGAAUGGCUCUUAUUUAUGUCUGUUGUGAUUCAUGUUCUGUUAUCUCUGAGGGUCCUUUAGACCUGCUGUGAAGUGAUCACUCUGGUUGUGGUGCUGCCAGUUUCAUUUUAUUCUACAUUUUGUACCAAAGCAACUUUAGAAUACUGAUCAGAAUACUUCAUCCAAUUACUCAGAACUAUAAAUAGCAAUCUAGAUUUGAGUAAUUACAAUUUUUUCAAUUAUUGAAGAACCGGCAUUAGUAAUUCCUAAUAAAAUUGUUUCAAAAUCUACAGGGUACAAAUUAAUCUUCUAGUAGAAUAAAUAUUAGUCAUGUUGUUCAUUAAAAGAAAUUGUUAUUCUUUUGUAUAGCUUUUUAUUUGCCUACUUAACAUAUGUGAGAGCUCAUUUUUGGUCCAUGUGUAGUGCUCGCUAGAACUGAUGUAGUUCUAAACGUUUUUAAUUCCAAGGUGUGCUAUAAUACAAUCAUCAGUUUGUGAUGUACAUUAUUUACUGCCUGUCUUGUUCUGUAUUUUAGCUUUAUGCUGAACUAUUCAGUGAUGCUGGCAUUUUGUCUUGCACGUCAUGUGUGGAUGUGUGUUGUUAAAACUAUUGAAAUUAUAGAAUUUAAGACAAUUUCUCAGUGGUACCAGGGUGUGUGUGUGUGUGUGUGUGUGUGUGUGUGUGUGUGUGUAACCUUUUAGUUUUUAUGAUAUGCUUAGUUUUUGAGGAAGAAAGUUAUAUUUUAUGCAAAGUGGGAACCAUAGUCUUCAUAUGGAGCUGCUUAUUAUCAUAUCUGAUUUCAUUUAGCUCAUUGAAAACUGCAGUGAUUCUUAAAAUCAACUCUGUUUUUUAAAAUACUGGCAGUAUACUAAAUGAACUUCUUUCUCUGAUGAUUUUAGUUUCUCUAAAUGUUAGCAGGAUAUUUAUAUAUUAGUAGUCCCUUUAGCAUAUGAGAAUAAUGAUCUUUAUCUGUUAUUUACUAUAGUCACUUUUUGAGAUUUUGGUUUUUUCCUAGUAAUUUCCCAGGUUCAGAUGUUUGUCAGUUUUCAGCAUUUCAUUCUCUUUUUCUGUAGUGGGGUCUUGAGGAAUGAGGCUCAAGUAUGUAAUUCUCAGUGUUCAUUGUCUCACAAACUGUGUUAAAAGGAAACAUUUACUGUGAGCAUCAAGAGUUAAAUUGUGACAAUAAUGUUAUGUUAACCUCUUGCUCCUUUAAAGUAUGUAAUCCAAUAUUUAUCACUUCAGCUAGCUACAAACUCCAGCGUACAAGAACUGCCUCACUCGUCACACCUCUGUGACUGCCUUUUUUUUUUUUUGGUGCCAGGGAUUGAACUUGGGACCUUGCACUUGCGAGACAGGUGCCAGAACCACUGAGCUAAAUCCCUGGCCCCUCUGUGACUGCUUUAUCAACAAUGUACAGCCCAUAUUUGAGAGCGCAUGCCAUCUUCUGAAACAGCAGAGAAAUUUUAGUAAAAACAGUGCUAUUAAACCCAUCAGGAUACUUCUCCAAUAUUUGAGUAGAGCAAGCUAAUAAUUCUACGUGGAUAAUAAAAGAGCUUUACAGACUUUUUUUAAAUAUUCUAAAGGUCAAACUUAAAGAGAGAUUAAAAUAUGAAAGAGCUCUACAAUGGCUGACAGUGGUCAGGUAUUCACUAUUCUCUUCCCCUUAGGGCCUAUUGCAGAUGUGGGGUGAUAGCAAUGAGGUGCAGCAGGGGCCAUUUUUACUGUGUCAUGGUACUGAGGAGACUGGAGCCGUUGAUGGUCAUGCUGGGGGUGUCUAGUGCAGCUCAGAAAAACAACUGGACUUUGGGAAACUUAGUCUUUCCUUUUUAGAUGGGACAGAUUGAGACUACCACCAAAGUUUAAAAAGAUGCUCGUUCAACUUGAAUCUGAUGGGUUUUUUAAAUGAUGGACUAUAUCAGACACAGAAGAGGUAGAGUCUCCAAAUUGCUUCAUGUUUCCACAUAACUAGAGUACUUGAAUCUGUUUAAACAUUUCUCUCCCUACUGAAACAUUACUUCUAAAUAAUCUUGUUCAAAAAGUCUUUUUAAGAAAAUUACAUGAAUUCUAGAGAUAGAUUCUUCCUGUCUCACUGUUCCUUUGUACAAUUUCCUGCAUUACCUCGGUUUUAUAAUUUGAUCUAAACAUCAUGUAGAAUAAACUCUUACAUCUAAGACUGAGCUGCAUGAAAAAUUAAAUUCACUUCUAUUGAAAAUUUUCUUGCCUUUCCAUGAAAGAUUGGAGCGAGCUUCUCUUCUUUCUUUUUCUUUCUUUCUUUCUUUCUUUCUUUCUUUCAUUCUUCUUUCUUCCUUUCUUUUCUUUCUUUCUCUUGAUGGGAACGAUGAAGAACUAUUGAUGCAACUUUUUUGUUGCUUAAUUCCUUUUCUGUAAUCAAGUAUUUGCUUUGGUUUUAGGCUAAUCUAGAUUCUUAGUUUUGAGAAAAGAUUUGUUAGGAAGAGAUGAUUGUGAAUGGUAUUUUUAAAAAAAUCACAAGCCAGGUGUGGUGGUACACACUUGUAAUCCCAGCACUUGGGAGGCUGAGGCAGGAGGAUAGUGAAUUUGAGACCAGCCUCGGGGCCAUAGGGAGUUCAAGCCAUCCUGGACCGUGUACCAAGACUCUGUUUCAAGAAACAAAACCACAGUAGUUGUCAUUUUUCUAGAGAUGCUCAUAGUAUGCCAACUGGCAUUGUUCCAUAUGUACAUGUUAUAAGCUUUUUUCAGUGAGACAGCCUUUUUUGCAGGCACUUCCUUUAUUAAUCAGUAUAAAGUUUAAAAUUCUCGAACUGUUUUCAGACUGACUUAAUUCCCAUUUCCAACAAAAUUCUCUAUCUUCUGCCAGGGAACAACAACAGUAAGAGAUAGAUGAAACAGAUAGCACCAGGUCUCCAGCAACAGCCAACAGGCAGGCCCUAGAUUUCGUUGUUAGUGUCCUGAGGUAACAACUCAGACAUCACAGAUCCUUCAUUCAGAAAGCAAAGAAAAAUGCAUAAGAUGGUUUUACUAGUCAAAAAUAUCGACAAUCCAUAUCUGCUUUUGUGUUGUGUAUGUGUGUGCGUGUGUCAGUGAACAAUAAUAAUGCCUUGCUCAGUCAGUGCAUUCAGCUAUCUCAAGUGCAAUUUGUGAAGGAGACUGUGGUUUCCAAUGAUACAUUUUUUUUACAUAAACCUGUAAAAAUUAUUUUUUUCCAGCAGUAUACUACUUGAUGCUAUUGAUUAUUUCAGCAUUGGUAUAUUAUUAACUUACCCAGGCCAAAUAAUUAAGUUUCUGUAGCUGUUUUAGUAAUUUGAAGGCAAAUUCUCAUGCUCUUUCUCAUGAAUUGACAAGAAUGAGCAUUUGGUCCACAGUUUGCUUUAAGUUCUUUUAUUCCUUUUCACUACAAUUAGGGGUUUUUGUGUUUGUGCUUUUUUGGAUUUUCUUGUGGGUUUUGGGUUUUUUGCAGGGUUUUUUUGUUUGUUUUCAUUUUGGCCUCAAGUAUCAUUUCCUUUUGCUUGCAUCAGAUUGCUUGAGUGUUUUCAUCUAUUUUGAUACAUGCGUAAUAGAUUGUGUGCUGUGUCAGCAGUGUCCAAUAUUCUAUUCAUUUAAACAAUAUAAUUAAGUAUAAUUCAUGUACAUCUUAAUUCUUUUUUUUCUCAAGUAUUUUAUAAGUAACUGGAAUUUUUCAUUAGAUCUUAUACAGAGCAGUAUUUUAUUAAAAAUUCAAAAGGGAAGACUUAUGUGUUCAUUUUGUAGUUUUUCUGUUUUUAAAAUAAUCUUUACGUGGUCUGCCAAUUAAAGUUUUAAAUGCAGUGGAAUGGACUGAAUGUAUUUUUGUGUUGUAUAUUUGUAAAUUUCCAUCAUGAAGUUAGCCUCAAAAUCCUGUGCAAAGGGAUUUUAAAAUGAGUCACUGAAAGAAUUUAAGCAUAUAUUAAAUACUCUAUGAAUUUUAAUUAAAGAUUUAAGAAUAUUUCGUAA